ACUACGGAUUCAUCCACUCCAGAAUGAAUGACGAAUUAAUCAACAGUGCCGUAGCAUUCUUGAAAGAUCCACAAGUUGUGAAUUCUCCCUUGACUAAAAAGGUUGAAUUUUUAGAAACAAAGGGGUUAAACCAGCAGGAAAUCGAAGAAGCAUUAAGAAGAGUUAGCGAACCAGCAUCAGAAACAGCAACCACUCCAACAACAUCCAGUUCUACAUCAACUGCAGUGCAAUCAGUUCGUCCUUCUCCUCCCCCAAUAGAUUACUAUGCUGCACCACCUGUUCCUGAAAGAUCAUGGAAGGACUACUUCAUCAUGGCCACCGCCACAGUUGGUGUUACAUAUGGAUUAUAUCAGGUUUUCAGUCGUUAUCUAGUCCCUAGCAUUCUUCCACCUACUCAAACAGCUAUCGACAAGGAUAAAGAAAAGAUAGAAGAAGAAUUUCUUAAAGUUGACAAGAUUUUAGAACAAUUAAGCCAGGAUCAAGAAACCAUGAAGACUAACAAUGAAGCUAAAUUAAAGGAUAUUGAUACCGUUAUUGAAAAUGUUAAUGAUUUUUUGAGUAAAUAUAACAAAGAUAAGUUGAAAUUUGACGAUGAUUUAAGAUUAAUGAAAUUGGAAAUUGACAAUUUAAGUAAUAGCAUCGAAAAGAAUAUGAGUUUAACUAAAGAAAAUAUCAAUGACGAAUUAUCUGAAAUCACUCAAGAAUUGACUUCCUUGAAGAACUUAAUCAAAGCAAGAAACGGCCAAUCUAAUGGUAAAGAAAGAAAGAUUGCUCCUGUAUCUUCAAUCCCAUCUGCUAGUGAAAUUUUGAAACGAGCAAAAGCAAAGACUGAAACCCCACUGCCUGAAGUGCCCAAGGCAAAGCCUGUAGAUACUCCGCUGCCAGUAGUAAGCACCCCCAGUCAAGAACGAGUUGGAAGUGUUACCAUUGAUGGUGUUACUGCUGGAGGUAUUCCAGCAUGGCAAAUGAAGGACAAGGAGAAAGAAGAACAACAAGAGAGAGAAAAAGAACAACAACCACUGAAGGAAGCAGAAACCGUAGUUGAGGCACCCUCCCCAUCAUCUUCGUCUAAUGGAAUUCCUGCAUGGCAAGCGGCAGCAGCAACAGCAGCUUCAGCACCACCUACUGCCAAGACUGAAGAAGAAAUCCAAGAAAAGAUUGCCAGUAUUGGAGUCCCUUCAUGGCAAUUAAAUGCUAAUAAAAACUCAGAACCUGCUAAGGAUUCAGGUAUACCAGCAUGGCAAAGAUCUGUAUAAUUACUUAGUUUAACAGUCAUGUGACUAGUCUUCUGAUUAAUUUUCUAUGUAGGAUUUUGACAAUAUACAGGAACUAUUAGCUUUUCUUUUUC